GAUUGUGUGGCCGCGGAACUUUGACCCUGUGGGCACCACGGAGCUGCUGAGCUGCCUGCAGAUCCUCCCAGACUUGCGCGCCAGGAACGUGACCCUGCUGGGCAUGACCUGCGACGAAGUCGAGAACUUGGAGCAUUGGAUCAAAGAUGCCAUUGCUCUCAGUGAAACUCACACCAUGGAGGAUCUUCCCUUCACCAUGAUUGCGGACAAAACGCAGCACAUCGCGGUGGAGCUGGGCCUUUUGCCAGCGGAGUCCCCCAACAAGGACACCUCUCCGGCACGUGGCCUCUUCGUGAUCGGAAAGGACAAGAAGUUGCGCUUGAGCAUGCACUACCCGAUGUCCACGGGCCUGAACUUCUUCGAGAUCCUGCGGGUUCUGGACUCGCUGAUCCUUACGAAGGACUGCAACCUGGCCACCCCGGCGAACUGGCAGCAGGGCGACCGGGUGGUGGUGGAGCCCAAGGUUCCGACGAAGGACGCCAACGCGCGGUUCCGGAAUCUCAAGAUCCAGUCCUUGCCCUCGCAGAAGGAGUACUUGAGGUGGGUGGACUGCCCAAAGUUGAAGUGGUUCGAUGCCGAGGCGUCGCUGCCCCCAGCGCCGCUGCUGGGCGCUCGGGAGUGGGAGCCGGUGCCGCUGCCCAUCCAGGAGCCGAAGGUGCGUAUGGACCGCCUCGACGAGCCCGACGUGCUGUGCACCAUGUGCAGCCCAUGAGGUGGCGCCAGCGCUGUUUUUGCGGUCAGAAGUGGACAUUGAAUGCUCGACGGCGGUCGGUCUCGAGCUAUUUUGGAAUGUGUUGGACAUGCACAAGGUGCGGAC